AUGGCUGACUGCGUAGUUGUGGGCGACCAGGCGCAUAUUGUGCGUGCCAUGCAAAUUGCCAGCGCAGCCAGCGGUUUGGCGCCUUUGCCCAUCAGCGUCUUGCCCGAUUUGUCUGCUUGGAGCGCCCAUAAGCCGACAAUGGGUUUGCCUUUGCUGCAAACCCCACAAAUAGAAGCGCUAUCGCUGCCCACUGCGCCUUUGGUGGCUUGGGGACAAACGAGUGCGCAAGCGGGUCAGCUGGCUGCGCAAGCGGUGCAAACUGCGGCUAUGGAAGUCUUGCAAGGUCGGGCGCGCGCCUUGGUCACAGCUCCCUUGAAUAAAGCCAGCUUGCAUUUGGCGGGAUACCCUUAUCCUGGCCACACCGAAAUGUUGCAAGCGCUCAGCGCUGCGUACUUGGGCAUAAGCAUAGAGGAGCUGCCCGUGCGCAUGAUGUUGGCCAACCAGCAGCUCAGCGUAGUACUUGAUAGCAUACACGUGCCGCUGCGUGCGGCUGUUGCCCAACUCAAUGGUGCUCACUUAUUACAAACCCUACAAAUUACCCAUACUAGCUGGCUGCGCCACUACGGUUUUGCGCCUCGCAUAGCCGUGGCGGGGCUUAACCCCCACGCAGGCGAAUCUGGCUUGCUGGGCGAUGAGGAGAUAAAUAUUAUCACCCCUGCCUUAGAGCUAGCCAGCCAAAGAGGUUUGCAAGUCAGCGGGCCGCAUCCUCCCGAUACGGUAUUUAUGUCCGCCCGCAACACCCAGCCAAAGCUGCGCAGCCCCUUUGCCGAUGUGGUUGUAGCGCUUUACCAUGACCAAGGCCUCAUUCCUGUCAAAUACCUGGGUGUGGAUGAUGGCAUCAACAUCACAUUGGGGCUGCCCUUUGUGCGCACCAGCCCCGACCACGGCACUGCUUUUGAGUUAGCUGGCAAAGGCAAAGCGCGUGCUGAGAGUCUCUUGGGCGCAAUCAACCAAGCACGCGAACUCAGCAAGCGCACCUAA